AUGAGCGCGGCCGUGCGCACUGCAGCCAGUCCGCGCAAACUGUCAGGUGCUGCGGGAUGGCAGCUUUCAUCCCCGUCACCUGUUUUCCACCUAGCUAAGGUGGUCCCGGUGGGUCAAAAUGUCACCCUGCACUGUAACCUAACACCCAGCAUAGAGAUCACCUGGUACCAUCUGCACACAGACCUGCUACUGCCUCUGAUCACAGUUAGGUCUAGUGAACUAAAAGGAGGAGACGCGGCCUCCUUUCACACUGAAAAGAAGAAUCGUGUCAGCUGGACACUGGACCGAGAGAGCCGUAGGGUCAGUCUGGAGAUUGUGGCAUUGGAGGAGGACGAUUCUGGGAUGUAUUUCUGCGCUGAGCAGGAUGGAUCAAGGGUGCAAUUUAGCAGAGGAAUUCACCUGAGAGUGAAUGGAGUUGGCGGACAGUUCACAGACGACAGAAAGGGGCAGCCAUGUUGGAAUCUGGGCAUCUGUGUUGUUCCAGCUUUACUGGCCUUCUGCUUUGCCAUCGUGAUUGGAUUCUAUCAGUGCUCAGGCAAACCGGUUCUUAACUGCUGUGAUCCGGAGCAACGGGAUGCCAGCCUGAAAGUCGCAGAGGAGGAGUCUUUGCAUUACUCCAGUUUGAGACAUCCAGACAAGUCCCGCCCCUUUGGCAGACAAGGUAGUCCUUUGGCGGGGGAGUCAGUCACUUACUCAACAGUCGCCGGUUGCCGGAACCUUAUUGGAUGAAAAAAAAAAAAGCUAUGCGAUCGAAACUUAAAUAUUGGUGGAAAAAGCUUUCUAUAUUGAUAUCAACAUCUGUAUAUGAUGCUUUCCUUUUAAGUCUAUGCUUUUCUUCUUUUUAUUGAAUGUAGCUACUCCUACCUCUCCAUUUGAAGACUUUGAAAAUAGAUGACUUAUAGAAUAUGAGCUAAAAACAUAUACAACCUAUACCAUAAGCAUGUAUUCACACAUGAAGUGAAGACAGUUUGCACAAAGGGUGAGAUGCACUUAAAUAAAAGGACAUAAAUGGACUUUUCCCUCACUGCUGUAGGAAUUUCCGUAAGGGUCAUAAUGAUGUGAUGAUUCAGAUGAUUCUUUCAACCAUGUCAUGUAUUUUCUUUGGGACUCGUCAUCUGACCUUUCCAACAAAAACUGCGAAGUUAUCUUUCUCUGAUGUAAAUAAAAGGUACAAAAUGUGUUUUCUUUUUCAAUCAGACAAAAUGAUCUGAAAAUAUUUUCUAUACCUUCUUCUUCUUUAUCCCAUGAAACUAAACUCAAAGAUUUUUUUGACUGGCAGAUGUUUUCCGAUGAUACAAAAAAAGAAAAUUAAUCAGCCACAAUUUAAGCUGUUACGCGCCUCAUUUUGCUUUCUUCUUUUCUUAUUUUAAACCAAUCCUUUCUACACAGAAGCUCCUCUGAAUAAUGUAAAUUUUCAACAAGACAUUUGCAGAGUACAUGAUUUCCAUGGAAAGAGGAAACAUCCGUUUUUUAAUAAAGUGGUUUUCAAAUUAUCUCUGAGUUGUUAUUUUUGUAGAUUAAUUGAAAUGGUUAACUUUUGUUCUGUUUUUGUUUUUUUGUCUAAAUUAUCUGAACAAAGCGGCACAACUCCUUUCGCGCUUGCUAAGCAGGAACCAUUUCUCUAUCAUGUUUGU